UUUAACGGUUGCCCAGCGGAAAGCAUAAAUUUCUUGUAAACAUUUAAUUAGCUAACGUAAAAAAAAAUCCAAACUCUCACUCGCAAUGCAUCCAUCGGACUUGGGUAAAAAAACUGGUGCGUUAGUAAUUGAGGUGUUGCAAGUGUUGGGUCGCCCAGCCAGUCUGAAGGAGGUAUCUCAACGCAUUGCCAACAUCUAUAAGGUGGAAGGUGAUCGCAUUCGUCGCGUUGUUGAAGAUGUGCUCGCAGCUGGUGUGCAUCAUGGAUUCUUCAAAUGUCGCAAUUAUCAUUACUCAAUCAAUGCGACAACCAUUGAACACUUGCGCCAAGAUAUUGACCAGUAUGUGAAUGAAAUGCUAUCACUGGACUGCCAGGACGCUGAUGAUUUGCCGCAACCAUCUAAGCUAAUGCUCAAAUUGGAGCUAUUGGAUGAUGGAUCACAGGCUAUGAUGCCAAUGCUGCUACCGCGUCGUCCCAUAUCCGGGGAGCUCUUUGAGCCAACGCCGCCGGGAGAUGCAGCUGUUGACACCUACUAACAUUUGUACUAACUCUCUUUGACAUUGCCGCAUAUUUGAUUUGUUGAUUGUGCUUCGCCAGAGAUAUCUCUGUUUUUAACUGUAAAAUUCGAGUAAAACCACAAACAAGUGCUCGCAGUGAACUUGCAGUGCAGUGCAAUAAACUCACCAAUGGCAGUCCCAUAUAUACCCUAA